AUGGCCGUCGGCCCCAAAGGUGGUGAGGACGCACGGCAGUACGGCUGCAGGCGGCCAUGGUGCGGCGGCAUCUUCGGCUACGACAUCAGCACGGCGGGCGGCGUGUUGUCCAUGGACGCAUUCUUGCAGGAGUUUUCUCGGACGUGUACCUACUGCAAGUCUGACAGCCAGCUGCUGACGCUCUUCACGCCGUCGCUCUACAUCACCGGGCUCCUCACCGCAGUGCUCCUCGUGUCGUGGCUCACGACGCGGCACGGGUGCCGCCCGUCCAUGAUCCUCGGCGGCGUCGCGUACCUCGUGGGCGCCGCGGUCAGCUGCGGCACUGGCAACGUGUUCAUGGCCAUCCUCGGCAGGGCGCUGCUCGGCGUUGGCCUGGGCUUCGCCAACCAGAUUAGGUUUAAAGUCUUCUAUUCUGAUAGCAAAGAAUAA